AUGAAGUUUGAGCAGCUCAAGGUGCGGCCCAAGAAGCUGGCUCGCAAGGCGCCUUGUGCUGCCGAAUUUGCUUCAGUGCUCGCCUGCUGGGCCAGCUCGCAGGAUCUGCGCUCGCAGUCAGAAUGCGCGGAAGUCACCAAACUGCUGCGUGAUUGUAUGACCACAGCGCAACAAGGACCUCGAAAGCAGGCCAAGCCAACGAUCAACUACCAUCUUGCCCGCUUUUCUAAACAUGUCUAA